CCUCCAAUGGUUGGCGAUAGUCGACGACUGGCCUUGCGAAUCCACGUGCCUGAUGCUGAUGUGACAAAAACUCUGGUUUUUGAUGCCCUCAUGACGGUGGGACAGGCCUGUGAUCAGAUUCGUCAUCAAAUUCGUGAAAUUGAUGGACUCGAUAAUCCCAAAGACUACGGUCUGUUUCUUCCUCAUGAGGAUAACAAGAAGGGCCUCUGGUUGGACAAUUCUCGUAGUCUAGAGCACUACAUUCUACGUAAUGGGGACACAAUUGAAUACAAAUACCGAUUUCGAUGGCUGUACAUCCGUACAAUGGAUGGAACGCGUAAAACCCUUCGAGUGGACGAUAGUAAAACUUUGGCCGAAUUAAUGCUUCCUAUUUGCACAAAAAUGGGCAUUUAUAAUUACGAGGAGUAUCUUCUGGUACGCGAUACAGAGGAGGCAGAAAAGGAGCGAGGCGUAACCCUAAAACGUGCUCAUCACCAAAGCGGUGGAUUGGUGGGGACUCUUCGAGACGCCGAUAAGAUGGAGAAACUUCGCAAAGAACUUCACACUGAUGAUGAAGUGAUUUGGCUCAAUCCGGCUCAAAGUUUACGACAACAGGGGAUCGAUGAAAAGGAGAUUUUGCUCCUUCGCCGACGCUACUUCUUCUCGGACAUGAAUGUGGAUGCUAGAGAUCCAGUCCAGUUGAAUCUUCUCUAUGUUCAGCUGAAAGAUGCCAUUUUAAAUGGCACCCAUCCCGUCACCUUGGAGGAGGCGGUCACAUUGGCAGCACUUCAGUGUCAAGUGGAGCUGGGAAAUUACAGUCCGAAUAAAUUUAGACCUGGAUAUUUGGAUCUAAAAGACUAUCUUCCAAAGGAGUUCUUGAAGGUGAAGAAUGUAGAGAAGAAGAUAUUUCAACAGCAUGCCACUCUAAAUGGUCUCUCGGACAUUGAGGCUCGAGUCAAGUACUGUCAUUUUUGUCGAUCUCUCAAGACCUAUGGCAUCACCUUUUUCCUUGUCAAGGAGAAAAUGAAAGGCAAAAAUAGACUGGUUCCUCGCCUCUUAGGCAUUACAAAGGACAGUGUGGUACGAUUGGAUGAACGCACAAAAGAGGUGGUCAAGGUCUGGCCUCUCACCUCCAUCCUUAAAUGGGCUGCUUCGCCUAAUGCAUUUACUAUGGACUUCGGUGAAUAUUCUCCUGAUGAAUACUACACAGCACAGACAGCAGAAGGGGAACAGAUUUCUCAGCUAAUUGCUGGAUACAUUGACAUUAUCUUAAAGAAACAGAAGGCUCGUGACCACCAAGGUCUCCAAGGUGACGAGGAGUCUGCAAUGUACGAAGAGAAUGUUAGAGCAGAACGUGCCAAAUUUGUCCACACCGAGCGUCGAUCAGUGGGACCAGCCGAUCGGAUACGUGAGCACACAAGAGUUGAGGAGAUAAUUGAAAAACAACGCUUCCAACAGCCACAACAGGCAAUACCACCACUUUUGAAUGGAACAGCUCAACAAAUCGUGGUCAAUGAUGAUGACAACAAUAUGGUCGGCUAUAUUGGCACCUCAGAGAGACGAUAUAUCCAAGCUGGAUCAAUUCCAACACUUAGUAGCGAAAUCACACGUGUUAAAGGCGAUGACACUACUGAUGACUUCAUCACUGGUGGUACCCAAUACUAUGUGUGCAAGACAAUGACACCUGCACAACGUGCGUUGCAUGUGACAAUAGAGGAGAACAUUAAUGCACUGGAGGAGGGUAAACAGCGGCUGGAUAUCGGUCCACCGACUGAGAGAGUGCUGGUUAACCUGGGACACGAUGAAGCGUCUCGCCGGUGGUUGGAUGAAUCAAUGGGAGUAACGGAGGUGCGAGUUGCCGACGAGAUGGGAGCAAUGAAUGCAGCGGUUGCGCAGGCUGUGCGUUCCGCCAAUCGUGCUGACUCGAUGGGAGGAGGCGGUGUCCGUUUCGGUGUCGCAGAAGUUACUGAUCCCUCCGAUGACCUUAUGCGUAUGCAGCAGUCCUUCCGAGUGGUUACGGUACACUUUCCAGCUUUUGUGGACAAUGUUAAACGUGUUGCUGUCCUUCGAAGAGAAUCAGGUCUCCUUCGAGCUGAAGAUGAACCCAAUGAACAACUGCGUUAUGAUAUAGCAGACCAAUCAGAAGCGAAUGCACAGAACCUUCUAGGAGCAGCUAGAACUGUUGCGGAUAGCUUCACAGAGCUACUGAAAGCUGCUACACCACUCACCACUCGCCAGACAGACUACGACCUGGAUACUGUGAAUUACGUGACGGAACAAGGUUCACAAGUUGCUGGAUCCUCUCGAAAGGCUAUUUUGGAGGCUGCUAACCGCGUCGGGGAAGCUAGCAACGACUUCCUACGCCACGUCUUGCAGGAUACAGAGGUUAUAGAGGGAGAAAUUAUUCCAGAGGUGGAUGAGCGCGCCUACCAGGUGAGAAGUUGGUCACUAUCGUACCUUAAGGCUGAUCCACUAGCCCUCUAUCAGGAUAAGCUCUUGGAAUUGGCGAAGGAAGUCGCCAAUUCUACAGCUGUUCUCGUAGUUAAGGCCAAGAAUUUGGCCACUCAGACAAACUUGGAUCCGGAUCAUCAACAACUGGUUGUCAUGUCUGCCACCAAUACUGGUCUUUGCACCAGUCAGCUGGUUGCUUGCACUAAGGUGCUUGCACCAACAAUUCAUCAGGCAUCCUGUCAGCAACAACUUUCGGAAUCAGCUUGUGAAGUAGCAACUGCAGUUGAUGAUGUUGUUCGUAUUGCUCGUGGUGCUGGUCAAGCUGUUCAUGACACUAUUGGACUCUCCGAACCCGAAGUCCACGAGAUCAAUUCUGCUGUAAUGGAAGUUGAGGGUGCUGCUACAGAAGUUCGCACUUCCCUAGAUCGUCUCAACGCUCAUCUUAUGCAUGGUUCAAUUAGGCCAUAUCAGGGAGAUACGCUAGACCUCUUCCAGCAGGCCUAUGAUGAGCUUCGUCAGGAGACAGAUGGUGUUCGAUUGGUCGCAGCAGCUAGACGUCUAUCUCAAGUCACUGCACAGAUGAUAUCCGAUUUGAAGGUGCAGGCAGAGAAUGUGGAAGGUGAUCCAGAACGUCAGACCCGUCUCUUCGCUGCUGCUAAACAAUUGGCCGACGCUACCACCGACCUUAUUAAUCAAGCCAAGAAUUGCUCAAGCGAUCCGGACUCCCUUACUCGGCAAGCAGACUUGAAGCAUGCGGCUGACGAUCUUGUUGUUGUGGCCUAUGCGUCAGCAGCUGAACUAUUGCACGCUCGUGUAAUUCGAAGUCUUCAAGCCGCAGCUAGGGCUGUUGUCAGUGCUUCCAACAAUCUUAUUACAACGAGCCAUUACGCUGCUAAUAAAUCACGUGCAAAUAACUACCACAUAUUUACGGAUGAGAAAGCAGUUUCUGAUCUACUGCCUAAAAUGGUGGGGGCUAUUCGUUUCAUUCGUCGCGAUCCAGAGGAUCCUUUGGCUCAAUUGGAGUUAAUUUGCGCUUGUGAACAUGCUAUUCAGCCAUGCGGUCAAUUGGCUCGUUCUUGUCGCUCCAUGGUUCCAACAAUAGGGGACUCAGCCGUUCAAAGUGCUUUGGACAACUCCACCUCCCAAAUGGUGGUUGCUGUUGAAACAUUGAAGGCUUGCCUGGCACGUGCUUCACCAAUUGCUCGACAACUUCAAAUGGACGGUGCGUUGGCGUCACUUUUACGAACAGUUCGUGAGGCUGAGGAAUUGGAAGGCCUUGCUAAAGCCGGCACUCUAACCGCUCUUCCUGAUGACAAGGUGGAAGACCGUUACCGAAUACUGAAGGUUAGCAUUCGUGAUGCUCAGAAUGCAACCAAUGAGGUUACUUCAGCCGUGGAUUCCCUGGAACAAGACUAUGCAACUCCACAGAGUCCAAAUUGUGAUCAAGCUGAGGACUGGUUGGGAUCAUCAUCCAAUCGGCUUGCUGGCGCCAUGUCCGAUCUAUUGCGUUCCACUCGUAUUUGUUUAGUUACCGAGGCUAGACCAGUUGAUAGCGGCGAAGCCUCUGCUGCUCGUUCAGCUGCUCAACUCGCCUAUCAGCUCGUGUGUGAGGCGCGAAAGCUUGAGCCUCUUCAACCGACUGUUUCUAGUCCGGAUCAACAAGCAGAUGUCCUUGAAAGCAACCGAAACGUGGCAGUAAACUGCAAACUCAUUGGUGACAACCUCAAUCGCGCUCUCUUUGAGUGUUUGUUGAAAGCGUUACCUGGUCAAAAGGAGCUGUCAGAGGCAUCAGAUUUGGUGAAUCGACGUAGAAAAGAUCUUGUUCGUUUUGCAGACAAUCCAACUGUGUUUGAAUAUCCGAUUGAGGAGACACGGAUAGAAAGAACACAGUCGGAAUUCACCGGUGCUGCUGUGGAAUUUAAUCAAGCGACUGCAGAUUUGACAAGCUGUUACACUCCGAGCAACUUCCGGCGCUCGUCGGUGCGAUUUGCGGAUGCUUAUGAUACUUUGGUGGAUAAAGGCUUGCAGUUGUCACGUGCUAAGCCGCCAAAGGAUCCUACCGGUCCGCAGUUGAUUAAUGGACUGGUGGAAGUCUCUGAUCGAAGCAGUGAGAUGCUGGAGGACGCAAAACAGGUCUGCAGUCAGCCCGAAGCCGAUUCACUGAGACAAAAACUCCAUCUAGCUGCAAGAUCAGUGACGGAUAGCAUUAGUCACUUGCUGAGUGUUUCCGUGUCGGGGGUGGUUCCGGGCGUAGCUGAUUGCGAUGCGGAACUCAGAAGACUUGAAGCCAUGCGUCCACUUCUUGAGUAUCCUGAUCGACCUAAUAACCAACACACAUAUCAACAAUGUGUUACCUCGUUUGUUCAAUCGCUUGCUCCUCUGUCUGAUGGAAUUCGUGGCACUUUGGAUGGCAUUAGAUCGCAUAACACUGAUGUCUUUACAUCCAACAUCAGAAGUGUGACAGACUGUCUUUGUCAAGUGGUAGGAGAAACCUCACAGGCGGCUUAUUUAAUUGCGGUCGCGCAUCCCACAUCGGAGCCAGGACGAGGUGGUACUGUUGAUAUCGCCCUCUUUGAACGGCUUCAACGGGACAUUCAAACCAUCUGUCGAGCAAUGAAGAGCCCCGAGGUUACUGAACGAGAGGAUCGUGCCCGUACGAGUCAGUUUCACCUUAGCCCCUUCUCUCUUGUCCCUGACCAGGUUGUCAAUCUGGCUAAUGACAUGUCGGCCAAUGUGCGUAGCCUGCGAGACGCCUGUAAUACCCUCGCAGCUCAAAUACCCGAUCUGGAAGCGAAACACAAAUUGCAGAAUCUGGCCGAUGACUCAGUGAAGAGUAUGAGUGUGCUCAUUCAGCGCAGUGCUGAUUGGUCGGAUGAGGGUCGUCGUACGACUGUGAAUAACAUCCAUGCCGUCAAUGGAAAUAUCGAUCGUCUUGUCAGUUUCAUCACCUCACUCAGUGGAUCUGGCGGAGAGCCUGCAAGAAUUAGCAGUGAAGCCCGGAGUGCUCAGCAACCUAUCUGCUCUGCUGGUCAGGCAUGUUUAGAGAGUGGAAAAGGAGUAAUUCUAGCCUCAAAGCACAUGCUGCAGACGGCUGAAACCAAUGUUCAACCAUCAGAUACCGCAUUGAGUGCCUUUACGGCUGCCAGUCGCGAUCUAACUGAUCACACUAAACGUCUUCUUGCCCUCCUGAGUGAACAAGGCCCUGGGCAGGCGGAAUGUCAGCGUGCACUGCUGAACAUUCGUCGACUGCUGCACGAGUUGGAGCGUGACAAGAUGGCCAUGAUGGACGGUGUUUUCACUCCACGACACGACACCAAUGAAGAGGGUUUCUUGAAACAACUCACUGUAAGCGCUCGAGCUGUGCGCGACAUGGCUACGUCAGUAGGGCGCGGCGCCACUUCAGAAGCCGAACGUUUGGGCCAUGCGGUUUGCGAAUUGGAUCUCCUCCUUCCAGGUCUCGUUUCUAGCGCUCUUGGAGCUGCUUCGCGCGCUUCUAACUCCUCAGCUCAAUUGACAUACAUGGAGCACACUCGAACUGUCCUCGAGUCUGUUGAACAACUCGUCUCUGUUGCUAAGCAGGCCGGUGGGAAUCCUCGGUCUGGCCCUAUUCGAGAAGCAGUAGAUGAAAGUGUUAAGGCUCAGAUUGACUCCUGCGAAGAACUUCUUUCUGCCAUUGAAGGCGUUGCAUCUCAGCAGAGCUUCAUAGCAAAGCUUAUGGCUGUGUUGGAGGAAUCACGGGCCCUUGUGGAUAAACCCGGUCGCGCACCUUACGAUGCUCACUUCACCGAUUAUCAAUCUCGUCUCCUUCGGCUGGCUCGUCACAUGGAGCAACAGACUGAAGCGACUGUUAGGGCGGCUCGACGUCCUCAAGAGCCCACCAAUCAAGAAAUGACAGGGUUAGUGCAAAAUUUGGCACAAGAUUAUGCAGAAAUUUGUAUGAUCUCUCGCGACGCUUGUGGAACGCUUCGUGAUCCCCAUGAGGCAGAAAAGCUGCGAUGGGCGGUGAAAAAUCUCGGUCAAACCACACGUGGACUCAUUCUGGCCACUGUCAAUGUGGCCGCGUCAAGACCUGAUACGUCUUUGAGUCGAGGGGGUGUUGGCGCCAAGCCACCUGCUUGUUUGCGCAGUUUGGAUUUCUCUGCAGGUGCUAUGAAUGAUAGGCUCCGAGAACUGAUUGCCCUAUUGGAGGUGCAAGGUCCCGGGACCCAGGCUUGCUUGCAGGGCGCAAGUACAGUGAGCGGAAUAAUUGCGGAUUUGGACACGACCAUUCUCUUUGCCAGCUCUGGAACCCUCCACCCACCCAUCCGUGAUGAUGCUGAUGUUCAUCAGCUGGAGACUCAGCAGAGAUACUCUGCCAUCUCUUCAGGUUACGAUGACUUUGGACAAGAGGCCCAAAGCAACUUUAUCAGCAUUCGUGAGAGCAUUCAUCGUACUGCUGAUGCUUUGGUUCAAGACACCCGAUCUCUCGUAAUGGGCGCUGGUGAGGAUCAAGCUCGAUUGGCUGGCUCGACUCAAAUGGCCGUUCGUAACAUCUCUCAGUUGGCUGAUGUGGUUAAGCAAGGUGCUGCACUUAUUGGCCCUGGUCAAUCCGAUAGCCAGGUCCUCAUUCUUGGAGCUGCCAAAGAUACAGCUGUUGCUCUCCGAAGCACCCUAUUGGCUGCUUCUCAAGUUCAAGGACGACCCAAAACCGAUCCGACAUUUAAGGAGAUGCAGACAUAUGAAAGUAAUGUGGGAUCGGGUGUAGGUUUCCUCCUAAAAUCUGUGGAUUCCAUCGACAUGGAGUCAACACGAGGUACCAAGGCUCUAGCAGCAACUGUUCACUUCUGUCGUCAAUUGGCCAAUCGUAUUCCCUCCUCCAUGCCAACAACAGGACAUACAGUUAGUUUAAACGACUUGGGGAGCGCAACCACUCUACUUUCCACUACGUCCAGCCUCGUCUCACGCUAUCUGGCACCGGAUGAAUUGUCGCGCACUACAGAGGGUCCUCUCCGGAUGACUGUGGACAAGGCAAUGACAGCGGUUUCAACACGGCGACAAGAUGACGCUCUCGUCUCUGCUAACACUGCUAAACAUGCUGUUGUUGACUUGGUCAAUGCUUGCAAGAAUCUCCAACGCCAACCAGAGAUAAAGGAGGAAUUUCGAAAGGGUAGUGCUGACACCGUUAGGAAGGUUGUCUUGGAGACUGCUGAACUUCUGGACGCUGUUAAGUGUGUGGUUGCUGAGGCCAAUUCCAAUGACCUUAACCGGGCAUCGACAUCAGCGGGCAAAAUCACCGCUCUGGCCAAUCAACUUAUGCGGUUUAUUGACAGAAUGCGAGAUAAUCCACGCCUUGUCAUGUACUUCCGCGUUAGCAGUCCCGAAUGGCGAGAUGUGGCAGAGAAGUAUCUGGGUCGUCAUAUUGCGUUCCACCAUCAAUACGAAUCCUGCGAUGAUCGGGAUGGUUCCUACCGCGCUAAAAAUAGUCAAAUCAGUUGCCUGCAAUCUCAACUCGAUUCAACAGGUCGUCUGUUGACUGGAAGUGAGGCUGCGCUGGAGGCCACUAGACGAAUUGAUGCUGCCCUUUGCCUACUGGAAGGCGACCUCUACCAGAGCAUGCAGAAAUCGAACAGUCAGGAUGUUGAACAUCACACUCAACCAAUCCUAAGUAUGGCCCGUGCGGUUGCGCUAACGACACGGGAAUUCGUUCAGACUGUCCAAUUGGCUUUCAGUCCCAAGGUCACUGUUAAUUUGGGUCGUUUGGAUUUAUCAGUUGCAUUAGCAACAGAACAAUUGUGCGAAUUGACACGUCUCUGUUCGGAGACACGAUCCGAGGGGCCCUACACAGCUCCGGUGGAUGAUCCAAUUCGAGUGAUGCCUUCCAGAGAGCGUCUACUGAAUGCUGUUCGUCAGGUGGCCACCGCGAGUGGAGAAUUGCUCUAUGCUGUACAGUCUAACGUUCACAUCACCCCUGCCAACAUGAUUGCUAUCCAGACUGCAGCGAGAUCUGUAAAAGAGCAGACAGACAAAAUGUCCGCGACGGUACGUAACAAAGACCCAAUUUUCAGUCACCUUCCGUCUCAAGGCGGUUUGGAGGCUAGCCUCCUGACUUCGAUUCCGAUCGUCCCACCCCAACAGGAGAAUGCCAACUCGAGUGCUCAAAUCCACGCUGAACAGGUGGUCUUGGAUGAUCUUCAAAAUGAAGUUGACCGGCUCAAUCAAACCCUGAACGAGGAGAGGGGCAUGAGUUGA